AUGGCAACUACAGAUGCUGAUAACUUUUAUGGUAACUUCUCUAUCCUUGAUCCCAAUGAAAAUGGAAGCGAGAAUUUUCACACAUUUGCAAGAGUCUUCCUGCCCUGUAUGUACUCAGCUGUUUUCAUCCUUGGGCUAGCAGGAAACGCGCUGGUCUUCGUCAUACUAGUUUUCUAUGAGAAACUGAAGAUGCUGACAGAUGUAUUUUUGUUGAACUUGGCUGUAGCUGACUGGGUCUUCCUUUGGACCCUGCCAUUCUGGGCAUAUUCCGCUGCUCAGGAGUGGACUUUUGGCACCGUGACGUGCCGUAUUAUACGGGGCUUGUACACUCUGAAUUUGUACACUUCCAUGUUAACUCUAACGUCUAUCACCUUUGACCGGCUUAUUGCUAUUACUUUUGCCACCAAAGCACAUAUGUGUCAAACCAAACGCAUGACAUGGGGCAAAUUAAUCUGUGUCUUCAUCUGGGUGAUCUCACUAGCAUUUGCCGCACCACAGUUUAUUUUUAGUGAGGUGUUUAGUAUUGACAAGGCAAUAUGUCAGGAAAAAUACCCAAACCAGCCCACAGAACUGGUUCUUGAAGUGAUCCAAGUGACCCUCGGCUAUUUUAUUCCCAUGCUAGCCAUGAUCAUCUGCUACUCACUAAUUAUCAGAACCUUACUGCAUGCCAGGAGUUUUCAAAAGAACAAAUCUCUAAAAAAAAUAUUUUCUGUAGUUGCCAUAUUUAUUCUUACUCAGUCACCCUAUACUUUCUUGAGACUAAUAAAGAUCAUAGACUGGAGCUUUAACUUGAACAGUAGCUUUGAAUAUGCAAUCGUCAUAACAGAAGCUCUUGCUUAUUUCCAUGGCUGUCUUAACCCUGUUCUUUAUUUCUUCAUGGGGGUGAAAUUCAGGAGGAACUUACAGAAAAUUAUUAAAAACUCAAGAUGCACCAAACGGCAAGUUACGGCUAAACAGUGGCAAACCACUGAAGAGGAAGGCUCUAAAACUUUUAUGGCCUCAAAUACUGCAGAUGUAACAAGCAUGUACCCACUGUAA